UGAGACCUCUGAUUGGCAUUGGUUCCAGCUAUUGGCUCCACCCAAUCCGUCGAGCUAUAUAAAGCUCCGAUCCAGUCGCCCCGAGAUUCGUCUAUCGCCCGCCAAUAUGAAGAUCCUACAGAUUGCUGUGGUGCUCCUCGUGGCAGUGGCCCUGGCCGGAGCCCAGGAUCCUCCCCCGCCAGAUCUGCCACCACCAGCUGCACCAGCAGCAAAACCUGCCCCAGCUCCUGCCCCGGCUCCUGCUCCCGCUCCUAAAGCCGCUGCUCCAGCGGGAGGAGCCCAGAAUGUCAAUCACAACGUUAUUAAAAUUGGAUAGAACACGUCUUCUUCGGAUAGAACUUUCGCCAAUAAAAUCUUAAACAUUA